CCGACGCCAUUUUAGGGACAAGUUUGGCGAGGUUAUUACCCAAGAACUUACCGAUUUUUUUCUUAUUAUCUGGUAAACUAGAAAUAAAAAUUAAUCGAUGUCUCGUUUUUACCACAAUCGCGGUGGGAUGGGGAUGAACAAUUUUGCUCCCCGAAGAGGCAGUGGGCCCGGAGGCCCUAUGCGUGGAGGGUACAUGGGAAAUCAACAUUUCAGGAGCCAUCCAUUCCAGAAUCAAAACCAAAAUCGACGGACCAACUUUAACAAGCCGGUUAACCAGAACCAACUGAAACCUCCAACUCCCGGCCCCGCGCUCACCAUGAAGGCUCCGGCAAAAGAAGAAAAGCCCGAGCAACCAAAACCGACAACACCGGCUCUUCCCUCAACUCCGAAGAUCCCAUCGCCGCCACCGAAGCCUACAGUAACUCCACCUCCGCCCAAUCAGGCUAACAAGGUCCAGGAGCAAAUCAAGGCCCUACCGGCUAACGUAAACGGUCAGCAGCCGAAGCAAGCUCCUCCACCGAGCCCAAAGCCCGCAUCUCUGCCAUCACCGAAACCUCCACAGCAGCAGAACCAGAAUACACUCCAGCAGUCACCCAAACCUGCACCUCAGCAAGCUCCAAAACCAUCCCCCCAGCAAAUCCCCAAACCACCGACUCCACAGGCUCCAAAACCCCCGGCAACAUCAGCACAGCAAGCUCCUAAACCCCAACAAGCCCUUAAACCAGCGCCCCAACAGGCCCCGAAGCCCCAACCCCCCAAACCUCCGCAACAACAGGCUCCGAAACCAGCCCAGCAUCAACCCCCCAAACCACCUCACCAGCAGUUACAGAACCAGAACAAAGGCCCCCAGCAGCAGGGACCAAGGCCCGGGAUGGGAGCUCCAAGGCCUCCGCCAAACCAGACCGGCCCAAGACCAGGCCUGCAGAUGCAAGGCCAGAGACCGGGCCAGAGAGGCCAUCAGCAGAAUCAGCGAUCAGGAUUUCAACAACGACCACCCGCUGCAAAGUCUAGAGAAAUGGAAGAAUCAAAACCCAUGGAGACCGACCAGGAUUCGGACAUGGAGCGGACCAAGAUGGAGUUCAAACUCUCCAUGCUGCUGAAACCAGGCGAGAAGUCAUACACACAGAGGUGCCGUUUGUUCGUUGGCAAUUUGCCCAAUGACAUUACUGAGGAUGAAUUUAAGAAAAUGUUCUCCAAGUAUGGAGAGCCCAGUGAAGUCUUCAUCAACAAAGGCAAAGGUUUCGGCUUUAUCCGACUGGAGUCUAGAGCACUUGCAGAAAUUGCUAAGGCAGAGCUGGAUGACACACCUGUGAAAGGAAGGCCCCUGCGUGUGAGGUUUGCCACUCACUCUGCUGCUCUGUCUGUGAAAAACCUGUCACCUUUUGUCUCCAAUGAACUCCUGGAGGAAGCCUUUUCACAGUUUGGGAUGGUCGAAAGGGCCAUUGUUGUUGUUGAUGACCGUGGACGCUCUACAGGGAAGGGAAUUGUUGAGUUUGCAUCCAAGCCUGCAGCCAGAAAAGCCCUAGACAGAUGCAACGAGGGUGUCUUCCUCUUAACCUCAUCUCCACGGCCUGUUAUUGUUGAGCCACUGGAGCAGGUUGAUGAUGAAGAUGGCCUCCCUGAGAAACUGGCACAGAAGAAUCCCAGAUACCAAGGGGAGAGGGAUCAGCCACCCCGCUUUGCCCACCCUGGCUCCUUUGAGUAUGAAUACUCUAAGCGCUGGAAGUCUCUGGAUGAAAUGGAGAAGCAGCAGAGGCAGCAGGUUGAGAAGAACAUGCGUGAAGCUCGUGAGAAACUGGAGAGCGAGAUGGAAGAUGCCUACCAUGAGCAUCAGGCGAAUCUGCUCAGACAAGAUUUGCUGAGGAGACAGGAAGAACUGAGACGCAUGGAGGAAAUGCACAGCCUGGAAAUGCAAAAGCGCAAAGAGAUGCAGCUCAGGCAGGAGGAAGAGCGUCGCAGACGUGAGGAGGAGAUGCUCCGUAAGAGGGAGAUGGAGGAACAGUUGCGUCGUCAGCGUGAAGAGAACUACAGGACAGGAAACUUCAUGGAUAGGGACAGAGAAAUGCGAAUGAGUUCAGGUGGUGCAAUGGGCAUGGGAGACAUGUCCUUUGGCACACCAAGCCAGAAGUUUGGCAUGGGAGGGAUGGGCUAUGAGGGACAGCAAGGAAUGGGCGCAUCCCCCAACCUGAUGAACAACGACAUGCGUAGCGAGCGCUUCGCACAGGGCGGCCCUCGGGGAAUGGGUCCUGGUAACCCUGGCUACGGCAGGGUCCGUGAAGAGUUUGAUGGUCCCGCUAAGAAACCCCGAUUUUAAACCACAUUUGCUCCCAGCAGCACUCUUUGUAUAGAAUUUACAGAAACAUGUUGAGUCAUUUUUGUAUUUAAGUUCAAGUGUUGCAGCAUUUUAGCCUGACUAUUUACUCAUUUUAUGACAAGGUCAGUUUAUUUCUUUUGUAAUGUUAGUAGGUGAAGAGGUCACAAUCAUGUGAUCAGUAGUUCUCAAGACCCAUGUGUAAUUUUCCCAAAUGUAAUAAUCUCUGUGAGUCGUCGUGAUGUUUCAACUUUUUAUGGCUGUGUUUGUGCCAUUGCAUUUGGAGUCAACGCAUGUAAUAUAAUAAAGGACAUUGGUUCUAUGAGGAAAA